AUGCACAAGAACUCCGAGAGCACACUUUUCACUGUGACGCGCGCAAGGUGCUGGAGAGACGAGCGGGCUUUCAAAGACAGUCCUGGCUCUCUCCAGAAGCAAGAACUAUGGAGGGAGAAGUGGGAGAGGAGCCACUCGCCAAGCAGAAGCCUCUCUCGGCGCUCCAUCAGCAAGGAGAGAUGGGUGGAGACUCUCGUGGUGGCUGACACGAAGAUGGUUGAGUAUCAUGGCAGUGAGAAUGUGGAAUCCUAUAUCCUCACCAUCAUGAACAUGGUGGCUGGACUGUUCCAUAACCCCAGCAUCGGCAACGCCAUUCACAUUGUGGUGGUCCGGCUCAUUCUGCUGGAAGAAGAGGAGCAAGGAUUGAAAAUAGUGCACCAUGCCGAGAAGACGCUGUCCAGCUUCUGCAAGUGGCAGAAGAGCAUCAAUCCCAAGAGCGACCUCAACCCUGUUCAUCAUGAUGUGGCUGUUCUUCUCACCAGAAAAGACAUCUGUGCCGGUGUCAAUCAGCCCUGUGAGACUCUGGGUCUCUCCCAUCUGUCGGGAAUGUGCCAGCCUCACCAGAGUUGCAACAUCAACGAAGAUUCUGGACUCCCUCUGGCUUUCACCAUUGCCCAUGAGCUUGGACACAGCUUCGGCAUCCAGCAUGAUGGGAAAGAAAAUGACUGUGAGCCUGUGGGCAGGCACCCGUACAUCAUGUCCCGCCAGCUCCAGUAUGAUUCCACCCCACUGACCUGGUCCAAGUGCAGCAAGGAGUACAUCACCCGCUUCUUGGAUCGAGGUUUGGGUUUCUGCCUGGAUGACAUCCCCAAAAAGAAAGGCUUGAAAUCCAAGGUCAUUGCUCCAGGAGUGAUCUACGAUGUUCACCACCAAUGCCAACUGCAAUAUGGCCCCAAUGCUACCUUCUGCCAGGAAGUAGAAAAUGUCUGCCAGACACUAUGGUGCUCAGUGAGAGGCUUUUGCCGAUCUAAACUGGAUGCUGCUGCCGAUGGAACAAGAUGUGGUGAAAAGAAGUGGUGUAUGGCUGGCAAGUGCAUUACAGUGGGGAAGAAGCCGGAGAGCAUUCCGGGAGGCUGGGGCCGAUGGUCACCCUGGUCUCACUGCUCCAGGACCUGUGGGGCUGGGGCCCAGAGCGCUGAGAGGCUCUGCAACAACCCUGAACCGAAGUUCGGAGGGAAGUACUGCACAGGGGAAAGGAAACGCUAUCGCUUGUGCAACGUGUCCCCCUGCCGCGCCGACGCCCCCACAUUCCGGCAGAUGCAGUGCAGUGAAUUCGACACCGUGCCCUACAAGAACGAACUCUACCGCUGGUUCCCUGUCUUUAACCCAGCACGCCCCUGUGAACUCUACUGCCGACCCAUAGACGGCCAGUUUUCUGAGAAAAUGGGGGAUGCUGUCAUUGACGGUACCCCUUGCUUUGAAGACAACAACAGCAGAAAUGUCUGUAUUAAUGGCAUAUGUAAGAUGGUUGGCUGUGACUACGAGAUCGAUUCCAAUGCCACAGAAGAUCGCUGCGGCGUGUGCCUUGGGGAUGGCUCUGCCUGUCAGACGGUGCGGAAGUUAUUUAAACAGAAAGAAGGCUCUGGUUAUGUUGACAUUGGGCUCAUUCCAAAAGGAGCCAGAGACAUACGGGUAAUGGAGGUUAAGGAAGCUGGAAACUUCCUGGCCAUCAGGAGUGAAGACCCCCAAAAAUAUUAUCUAAAUGGAGGAUUUAUUAUCCAGUGGAAUGGGAACUACAAGCUGGCAGGCACCGUCUUUCAGUAUGACAGGAAAGGAGACCUGGAGAAGCUGAUGGCCUCUGGUCCCACCAAUGAGUCAGUGUGGAUCCAGCUCCUGUUCCAGGUGACAAACCCGGGCAUCAAGUAUGAGUACACAGUCCGGAAGGAUGGCCUUGACAAUGACGUGGAGAAGCUGGGGCACUUCUGGCAGUAUGGGCACUGGACAGAGUGCAGUACAACAUGUGGGACAGGUAUCCGCCGCCAGACAGCCCAUUGCAUGAAGAAGGGCCGGGGAGUGGUGAAAGCUACAUUCUGUAACCCAGCAACCCAACCCAAGGGGAGACAGAAGAAGUGCCAUGAAAAGGAUUGCCCACCCAGGUGGUGGGCAGGGGAGUGGGAAGCAUGCUCGGCGACCUGCGGGCCCUACGGAGAGAAGAAGAGAACGGUGCUGUGCAUCCAGACCACGGGCUCCGAUGAGCAGGCUCUUCCCACGCAGGACUGCCAGCACCUGCUGAAGCCCAAGCCUCGGCUUUCCUGCAACAGAGACAUCCUGUGUCCCUCGGACUGGACCGUGGGCGACUGGAGCGAGUGUUCGGUUUCCUGCGGUGGUGGAGUGCGGAUCCGCAGUGUGAAGUGUGCCAAGAACAACGAUGAGCCUUGCGAUGUGACCAAGAAACCCAACAGCCGAGCUCUCUGUGGCCUCCGGCAAUGCCCCUCAAGUCGGCGAUUUCUGAGACCCAGUAAAGGGGAAAUCUCGAAUGAGAAAAAUCUACCACCCUCUGAGAAAGACCCCUUAAAACCCAUCCCUCCACCUAUGUCCAGUCCCGGGACACUGGCCACACCCACAGCGCCUCCGCCAGAAAGUGGCAGCACGGUGACAAUCAAGACCCUGACGCCUACCACAGCCUCCCGAGGAGACCUGGGUGGGAAAGAGUGGCAAAGGAGUUCAACCCAAUCAGAGCUGGACCCUCAUCUCAGACCAGCAGGAAGUGCUUCUCAGCCCCCCCUCACUGCCUGGCCUGUGAGUUCCCAGUCAAGGGAAGAGAAUGUUUCCGAUUCACACACAGUUUCUACCUCGGAGGGAGAACCGUCAGCCACAACAGCAAGUGGCCGGGAGUUCUCCCCUUCCAGUGACCCCAUCACUUGGCAGGAGCCUCCAUUCUACAAGACUUUGGCCAAAGAUCCAGAAAUGGAGAUUCAGAGCGGUUCGGGGGAGGGUAGUGAACAAGCUGAGCACAACAAAGAAAGCAAUCCUGGAAGAUGGGCUGAUGACAGAGUGCCUGGAAAUGAUCCUCCAGUCGUAAGAAGUGCAAAGCUGCUCGUCCGGCCGCCACCAACACCUUAUCUCAGGGAGGACUCUUCGUGGUCACCCAUCAGCACAGUGAUGGAAGGCUUGCCACCCAGCCAAAGGCCCACUCCUCUCACGGAAGCCACACCUGGAGUUCAGCAGAUAGUCACAAAAAGUCCAGCACCCUCAGAAAAGUCAGUAAACCAUAACCAUCUAGAACUGCCAAGCAAUAUGAAUCUCACGCAAACUUCUGGGCCGGUCCUGACGGAGGAGGAUGCAAUGAGCCUGAUUGCUGAGGGCUUUUUGUUGAAUGCCUCCAAUCACAAGCAGCUCACCACUGACCGCCGCCCUGCCUACUGGAUCGUGGGCAACUGGAGUGAGUGCUCCACCACGUGCGGGCUGGGGGCCUACUGGAGGAGCGUGCAGUGCAGCACCCAGAAGGACGUCGACUGCGAGAACACACUGCGGCCCGAACCUGCGAAGAAGUGCCACCUCCGUCCCUGUGCCGGCUGGAAAGUGGGGAACUGGAGUAAGUGCUCCAGAAAUUGCAGCGGAGGCUUCAAGAUCCGAGAGAUUCAAUGUGUGGAUAGUCGAGACCAUCAGAGCCUGCGGCCAUUUCACUGCCAGUUCCUGGCUGGAAUUCCUCCCCCGCUGAGCAUGAGCUGUAACAUGGAGCCUUGCCAAGAGUGGCGGGUAGAGCCCUGGAGCCAGUGCUCCAGGUCCUGUGGAGGCGGAGUUCAGCAGAGAGGAGUGUCUUGUCCAGGGGGCUUCUGUAACUGGAAAGAAAGGCCCCCACCUUCUGCUCCCUGCAACAAGAAACCUUGCUGUCACUGGGCCACUGGGAGCUGGAAUCUGUGCGCUGCUUCCUGUGGAAGUGGGAUUCAGAAGAGGACCGUCCACUGUGUCUCUUCAGAGGACAACGAAACUGAAGACCACGGCCAGUGCUUGUGUGAUCACCAACCUAAACCUCCAGAAUUCCAAAAAUGUAACCAGCAAGCUUGCAGGAAGAAUACUGAGGCCCUCUGCACCAAGGACAAGUUGUCGGCCAGUUUCUGCCAGACAUUAAAAUCCAUGAAGAAGUGCUCCGUGCCCACUGUGAGGGCUCAGUGCUGCUCCACCUGUCCCCAGACUCACGCUGUGCUUCCCCGAAGGCCAAGGCCGCACCGGUCACUCCAAAGCCCCACCUCGCUCUAGGUCCUGAAGGGAGCCACCCUCCCCCAGAAGCUCGAGCGUACCUGGUCUGGUCCCAGAGGCCACUUCCUUGAGGUUCCAGUUUACAUACCUUCGAGUUAAGUUUGGUUCAUGAAAAACAACAACAAAAAACAGACCUGUUGUGCUCAAAAUGCCCUCACAGGAGGUGUGUGACUCAAACACUGCUGGGUGCUUUUGCUCCAGAAGUUUUAUACACAGACUGCUCUAUCUAAACACACACACACACACA